AAUCGUCAACCAAAGGAGAAAAGAUUGCAACGGAUCACUGGAUAUCGAAGGUCUCGGUUUAGAAGCUGAAUCGCGACGCCAGGAGUAUCAGCCCAGAGGACCGUUGUGGGUAUUCUCAACGCCAGCUCUCUCCCUUUGAGCAGCUCAGUCUUGCCGUCGCCGUCGCCGCCGCCCACUCCUGCCACCUGCGGCCUCCCUCCUACCGGGUUCGCACCGACUUUCAACUCUCUUGUUGUUACUGCACAUUCUAGGGUUCACGAUUUUUGCAGACAAAAUGUCUUCGGUUGGAACAUCCAAGGGAAUUCUGGAGAUCGCCAAGUUUGGGAUUUAUGUUACUAUACCUAUCGUUUUAAUGUACACCUUCGCCAACAAUAGCAAAAACCUCCAGAGAUUCAUGGGCAAAUCAUACAUAGUGUAUCCUCCUGAGGGACCAAGGCCUCCGUCUCCAGAAGAAGUAAGAGAGAUGGCACGCGAAUUGGCUCGAAAGAACAACAUUCGUUGAUCAUAUGUGAUCUGUGACUUUUGCAAUUUAGGCUGUAUUUUUCGGAGUUGUCGAGCUAAUUGGAUUGCGUGUAUUUAUUUGUUUAUAGAGGAGUGAUCGAUGACUAUCAUCAACAUUUAGGAGCAACUGUUGAAAUAACCUGUGGUAAGUUCAGAUGGGAUAAAGUAAAUAAAGGCCAAGUUCAACUUGCUGAGAUAAACAGCCUGCCUACCUAUACGGUUGUGCUUUAGUAGGGGAAAAAAGCCUUUUAACAAUGAGAGCUACUGCUCAACUGGGUGAUAAGGCUAUGUGAUAAUGAGAUAAAAAUUUCUGUUUAGAUCAUUGUGAUAUGUCAUUGAGUUCACAGUGGUGCUGUUUUUCUUAAUAAAUAGGAACUCUAGAAUGUGGUUGGAACUUGAUAAUUUAUAUCUUAUAUGUGGAGAUCAAGAUUUUUCAGCA